AUGAGUGCUCUUAAUUCAGAGAACUGCUCUUUUCAGUACCAGCUGCAUCAAACACAUCAGCUUCUAGAUGGUAACUGUCUGUUAUUCUUGAUUAUACUUGGGAAAAUACUGUUAAAUAUUCUCACAUUAGGAAUGAAAAGGAAAAACACCCAUCAAAAUUUUUUGGAAUAUUUUUGCAUUUCACUAGCGUUUACUGAUCUUCUACUUUUGGUGAAUAUUUCCCUUAUAUCUUAUUUCAGGGAUUUUGUGCUUUUAGGCAUUAGAUUUACUAAAUACCACAUCUGCCUAUUUAUUCAAAUUAUUUCUUUUACUUACGGUUUUUUGCAUUAUCCAGUUUUCCUGAUAGCUUGUAUAGAUUAUUACCUUUAUUUCUCUAAAGCCACCAAGCUUCCAUGUAAGUGUCAAAAAGUAUGUUAUUUCUUUGCAAUUAUUUUAAUUUGGAUUUCUGUCCUUACUUAUGUUUUGGGAGAUCCAGCUAUCUACCAAAGCCUGAAGGCACAAAAUGUUUAUUCUCAUCAAUGUCCUUUCUAUAUUGGUGCUCAGAGUUACUGGCUGUCAUUCUCCAUGGUGACAAUUUUAUUUAUGGGUUUUAUAACCUCUUGGUCAGAAGUCAUUACCUUGGUACAGGCUGUUAGGAUAACUUCCUACAUGAAUGAGACUAUCCUGUAUUUUCCGUUUUCAUCAGACUCUUCUUAUACCAUGAACUCUAAAAAAACACUCUUGCCCAAGUUGAUCAUCUGUUUUCUUGGUACCUGGUUACCAUUUGUACUACUUCAAGUAAUUAUCCUUUUACUUAAAGUACAGAUUCCAGCUUACAUUGAAAUGAACAUUCCAUGGUUGUACUUUGUCAAUAGUUUUCUCAUUGCUACAAUUUUUUGGUUUAAUUGUCACAAACUUAAUUUUAGAGACAUGGCAUUACCUGUGGAUCCAUUUGUCAACUGGAAAUGCUGCUUCAUUCCACUUAUACUUUGUAAUUUUGAGCAAAUUGAAAAGCCUGUAUCAGUAAUAAUUUGUUGA